AUGAGCUCCCUGCCGUACCCUCCUCCGCUGCCUGUGGCCACUCCCCCCACAUCCCGAGCGGAAGACGAUUUAGACAUGGCUGAGGACGUCUCGAGCACCGCUGCGAGCACGGAGAGGACACACACGCACGGGUUGGCGACUCGGACAGAGGGCGGAGGAGGUACUACCACCACAACGCUAGCCCCGAGCGAAGCACCCACGGUGCAGCCAAGCCCGGACACUCGCCUCGAGGGCAGCCACCCUGUGUUAUCGGCUAUUCGAGCUCUGCCUCGGGAUCAUCUCCCGAGGCUGUCUAUGACAGGCGCGCAGCACCCAGUGCUGGAUAAGCUCGCAGGGACGCAUACGGCCGUGCCGCAUCUCGGCGUGAACCCCAGUCUUCUGGAACACCGCGCGGCGUUGGCGGCUCCACCGCCGCUUCCAGAUCACGCCGGUUGGGGGCAGGCGGUAUGA